CAGCGGGCAGCCAGAGUUGUUUUAAGACGGCACGGUCUGCGCACCGUAUCGUCUUCUUAGCCCUCGCCACUGAUACAGGCAUAUAGAACGACUUAAAAGACUUGAAACAAACUUGAGCCUCAACGACCAACUUCAUAACACGUUCAUUACACCUCACCUCCCUUCACCAUGUCCGCCGCCGCCUCGACCGUCUCCACUGCCCCCUCCUCCCCGCGCCAGUACCCAAUGUUUGACGACCUGCACAUUGCGUCGGGCGCGACCACGCCUGAGCGCCGCCUGUCCCUCGGCGACCUCCCCCCCUCGCCCCUGCCGUCCGGCAAGCACCGCAUCGCCGUCAUCGGCUCGGGCUCGUGGGGUACCGCGCUCGCCAAGAUUGCCGCCGAGAACGCUGCGCGCCACGCCGACAUGUUCGAGCCGACCGUCAACAUGUGGGUCCGGGAGAAGCAGGUCAACGGCAAGAAGCUCACCGAGGUGAUCAACAAGACACACACGAACCAGCGCUACCUCCCCGACGUGUCCCUCCCCGCCAACCUCAUUGCGGUCCCCCGCCUGCCCGACGUCGUCCGCAACGCGACGCUCAUCGUCUUCGUGACGCCGCACCAGUUCCUCCCGACGGUCAUUUCCGACCUGAAGCGCGCGGGUGCCAUCCACCCCCAGGCGCGCGCCGUGAGCGCCAUCAAGGGCGUCGAGGUGGAAGGCAGCGAGAUCAAGACGUUUGCGAGCGUUAUCGAGCGGGACCUGUCCAUUCCCUGCUCGGCCCUCUCGGGCGCCAACAUCGCGCUCGAGGUCGCGCUCGAGCAGUUCUGCGAGACGACCAUUGGCUGCCCCUCUGCGGCCGACAGCGCGCUCUGGCACGCCGUGUUCGACGCGCACUCGUUCCGCGUCACGUGCGUCGAGGACGUGAACGGCGUGUCGCUCGGCGGCGCGCUCAAGAACGUCGUGGCCUUGGCGGCCGGCUUUGUCGACGGCCUGCGUCUCGGAGGCAACACCAAGGCGGCCAUCCUCCGUAUCGGCCUCAAGGAGAUGACCGAGUUCUGCCUCGAGUUUUUCGAGGGCGCGCAGCGCAACACGUUUUCCAACGAGAGCGCCGGCGUCGCAGACCUCAUUACGACGUGCUACGGCGGCCGGAACCGCAAGUGCGCGGAAGAGUUUGUCAAGUCUGGCGCGUCGUUUGACGACAUUGAGCGCCGCCUGCUCAACGGCCAGAAGCUCCAGGGUACCGCGACGGCAGAGGAGGUGCACGCCUUCCUCAAGGCGCACGGCCGCGUGGCCGCGUACCCCCUCUUCGAGCGCGUCUACCAGAUCGCGUUCAACGGCAUGCCGCCCGCGCAGCUCGUCAAGGGCUUGUAAGCAAGCGGUGUGUGUGACACUUGUACAUUCGUGCGCAGAUAGCGCUACUGUAUCCCUAAUUCCACUGCAUUCGCCGGCGCCGCAGCGCGCGCGCGCCCGGCCGCAACAGGUGCAGGCCACCGCAUAGAUUCAUAGAGUACUUUAAACACAAUGCAUUAGACGUGGGAACGAGAG